UAGUACACGGCUGUCGGUUCCGCGAGUGUGUCCCUGCGCCUAUCGUCGUCCUCUCGAGACCACCUUCCUUCGCUCGUCGCCCGGGGAAACCGCCUGCGAGUUCAGUGUGACAGCCGGAGUCGCGGAGUCGCUGGCGAUCGCCACGCGAAGGACGUGAAUCGUUUCGCUUCGUUCGUCCCGUGGGGUGGUGAAACGUAUCGCGUAUACGCUAUACACGUUCUUCCCUCCCGCUCUCUCCCCGUCCUCCCAACGCCACCGCCUCCACCUCCGCGAUACGAUCCGCGGAGCGACCUCGUAACGUAGUCGCGUGUGUGUGACAGUGGCAAGCAAAAGGUCGCGCGCGCUGCGCUGCGUAUUUGGGAGGAUUCCAAGUGGUCCAGCAGUGUGUAUCCCCGCCGAGUGGAUCGAAAUUAUGUUCGCCAGGGGAUAGCCCGCGAACGAGGCGCGCACACGGCGAGCGGGAGCGGUAUUCGGGGCGAGCGAGCGAGCGAUCGAACGCGGGGGAGGCAGGGCUAGAAGCAGCGUUUCGCAACGAGCAGCGCUUCGUCUAGGAGCGCCGCGACGACAAUGACAACGCGCGUCGUCGAAUGAGCUUGGCUCCCCGACAACCAAGAGGAUGCCACGGAGACAGGGUCGCUGCCGAAUCGUACCGGGGCGACGCGGCGUCAGUGGGAUUUAGAGAAACGUUUCCUGAGGAAAGCGAGUGCGCAAUCGGAGGACGUGGGAGAUACGGAAACGAGAUUUUACACAUGCCCAAGAAAAAUAAUAAUAAUAGAUCGAGGCGUGAAAAUAGAAGGUGAGAAACUAUACAAGAAACGGAGUAAAAAUAAAAGGGAGAACAGCGAAAGGAAGAUAUUGCAAGGAGCAAAAGAAAGAACGAGGAGGAGUACACGCGACAAGGAGGAUCACCGCGCGUCUUUCGGUUUCCGGAGUUCCUCUCCGUGGGUGUUUUUACGCGUGCGGCCGUGGAUCGAUAGUUUGUCUCGCACGAUCGUGUCGGACGGGAGUUGGAGUUACACUACGUGGAGGACGCGCGCGAAUCCUCUUGCGUUCGACGACAACGACACCCUCGAGCCGCGAGUAACGAGGCCCGUGGGAGACGAGUAGAGAAAAGGAGGAAGUUUCCAAAGGGGCCUAGCUGGAGGUGCUGGUUAUCGCGACAUUCGUCAACGUCGCGAAGACGCUCGAAAGCUUCGCGGUGAUUUAUGGGGGAUUAUAGCGCGACGAGCCUCUUCUCGAGUACCCUGACCAGCCCGAAACUUAGCACGACCACGAGCAACAGCAGCAGCAGCGGCAGCAGCAACGUCAGCGCCAUAACGACAUCCACGAUGCAGGACGAUCUGCUGAUCGAGAAGCAAGCCACUGGGAAGCCCGCUCCACUGUCGCCAAGCGGCGCCCUCGACACCGUGGCCGGACAGGACAAGUCGAAGGACGUGAUCGAGGCAGAGAACAUCGCUAUCACACCGACGACACCCUCGUCGACGGACAAGGACAUCACGUGCAGCGCGACAUCGGCUCUGCAAGGCUUCGCCGAUCCCGGUGGCCGCGUGCCCAGCCUCUGGUCCGCGCCCGACGACGGCGGCCUGCACACCGCGUUACCCGUCAAUGGCUCGAUCCCCGCCUUUCAGAAUUUUCCAGCCGGUGGGCCCGCGGGCCUUUUCACCAGCACCGGCGCCGCCGCCGUUUCGACCGGCACGCGACGUGCCAUCACGGCCAGUCACAACUUUCCGCAGCAGCAACAGCAGCAGCACGGUAACGCGGGUGCGCCCACCGGCACCAGACACGGCGGUCUGCAGGUGUCGUCCGCGCAACAGCAGCAGCAGCAGCAACAGCAGCAGCAGCAGCAACAACAGCAGCAACAGCACCAGCAGCAGCAGCAGCAGCAACAGCCUCCGCCGACGUCGCAUCCGAGCGUCUACCUGCCCGGCAAAGGAUACGCCGCGUGGUCGGGCGGGCCGCAGGCCCCGCAGCAAUGGGGCGCGGGCCCGCAAGCGGCCGCUGCCGCCGCGGUCGCCAGCCCGGGCCUGUCUCCCUGGAACCGCGGCAGAUCCGUGCCCAAUCUACCGCCGCUGCACUCGUCCCUACACGCCGCCGCAGCGGUCGCGGCCGCAGCCGGUCUGCAAGGUCGCAAGCCGAGUCCGACGUUCCCGGGUCAUCCGGGCCCGGCGGCGGCGCAUCCCUCCUGCAUCAGCCCGGUCAAGUUCCGUCGGAGCACCUCGUAUCCCGGCAAGGGCAACAUAUACCCGCCCCAACCAGCGCCGACCUUCGAGGUGACCGCCGCCGAGGAGAGGGACCUGCUGCAGCUGCCACCGUUCCAGCAGGAUCGUAUGACGGCUAAUGGAAACUCACCGUUAGACAACAUGAGGACUUUGGAACACUAUCUGAGCGACAUUAUGCGAGCCGGCGCGGCGGACACCCCGGAACAUCUGAAAGGAUUCAUAAACUGCAACACCGCCAACACGUUGCAGUCGCUGGCGCAGCUACAUGGUAAAUCUCCGUUCUUCCCGAGUCUCGAGGAGCAAGGGCUGGAGGAUCCGAAUGCGCCGAGCCAGCUCGACGGCGUCGGCGUCGGCGUCGGGGUAGGCGUCGGUGUCGGCGUGGGCGGCGGGAUAACGGCGUCCCAAGCGGCGCCGCUCUCAUCGCCAAGUCGGAGCAGUCCGCACAGCCAGGGCAGCGAAACCGGCGAGCGUUUCUCCAGGAAAGUCUUCGUCGGCGGACUACCGCCUGACAUCGACGAAGACGAGAUCACAGCCAGUUUCCGCCGCUUCGGUCCGCUCGUCGUGGACUGGCCGCACAAGGCAGAAAGCAAAUCCUACUUCCCGCCGAAAGGCUACGCAUUUCUGCUGUUCCAGGAUGAGGGUUCAGUGCAACAGUUAAUAGAUGCCUGCAUCCAGGACGAGGACAAGCUCUACCUUUGCGUAAGUUCUCCCACGAUCAAGGACAAGCCCGUGCAGAUCCGACCUUGGCGGCUCAGCGACGCCGACUUCGUGCUGGACGCCUCCAUGCCGCUGGAUCCGCGAAAAACGGUCUUCGUCGGCGGGGUGCCGCGACCGCUCAAGGCCGUCGAGCUCGCGAUGAUCAUGGAUCGGCUUUACGGUGGUGUCUGUUACGCCGGCAUCGACACCGAUCCCGAGCUCAAGUAUCCCAAAGGUGCCGGCAGGGUCGCCUUCAGUAAUCAGCAAAGCUACAUAGCUGCCAUCUCAGCCAGAUUCGUACAGCUGCAGCACGGCGAUAUCGACAAGAGGGUUGAAGUCAAACCAUAUGUUCUGGACGAUCAGAUGUGUGACGAAUGUCAAGGCCAGCGUUGCGGAGGCAAGUUUGCACCGUUCUUCUGCGCCAACGUCACCUGCCUACAGUACUACUGCGAGCAUUGCUGGGCAACUAUCCACUCCCGGCCAGGUCGGGAGUUCCACAAGCCACUGGUGAAGGAGGGCGCGGAUCGGCCUCGGGCCGUGCCUUUCCGCUGGUGUUAACCCCAGCUGCGUUGUCCCUAAUUAUCUCGCAGCCCUAGCUAAUUAACUACCACCUCUACCAAUAUUCCCCCCACCCUCCCCUCACGUGCCCUCAACCAACCCUCACUUUCCUCUGCCCCCCGCCCCAUACUACUUACUUACUUACCUACAACAAGAACACAGCCUCAAAACUGCUAUUACUACUACUACUAUUACUACUACUACUACUACUACUACUACUAUUACUAUUACUA